AUGCAGGCGCGGCGUCUGGCCAAGCGCUCCAGCCUGGGCAGCCGCCGCGGGGGCGCCGCGCUGCAGCCGGCCGGGCCCGCGCUCGCGCCCGCCAAGGAAGCUGCGCUGCCGGGGCUCCCGCCCCCUGCCCCGGGCCCGGCUCCGGCCCCGGCCCCGGCCCUGGCCGCGGAGAGCUGGAGGCCGCCGCUGCCGCCGCCGCGCAGCGCCGGGACCGGCCCCUCUCGGGCCACCGGGGCCGCCGCCGCUGCUGCCUCUUCGCCGGUGCUGCUGCUUCUCGGGGAGGAAGACGAGGACGAGGAGGGCGCGAGCCGGCGGCGGCGAGGGCUCGGGCCGGUGGAGGAGAAGCCCCGAGGGGGCGCGGAGGAGGAGGAUGACGACGAGGAAGACGAGGACGAGGAGGUGGUCGUCGAGGUGGUGGACGACGAAGACGAGGACGGCGAGGAGCGCUUCGUGCCCCUCGGACCCUGCCGCGCGGUCCCCAAGGGCCCGGCCCGGGGCGCGCUCAAGGUGGGGAGCAUUAAGCGGGAAAUGACCUUCACAUUUCAAUCAGAGGACUUAAAACGUGACUGUAGUAAAAAGAUGCCUCACCAACACCUGUUCCCCUUGGCCAUGGAGGAAGAUGUGAAAACAGCAGACACCAAAAAAGCCAAUCGGAUCCUUGACCACGAAAAAGAAAACACUCGCUCCAUCUGUCUCCUUGAGCAGAAACGAAAAGUCGUUUCUUCUAAUAUUGAUGUUCCUCCAGCAAGGAAAUCUUCAGAGGAGGUAGACAUGGACAAGGUGACAGCUGCAAUGGUACUGACCAGCUUGUCGACCAGCCCUUUGGUUCGAAGCCCUCCCAUGCGGCCGAAUGAGGGCCUGAGCGGAUCCUGGAAGGAGGGCGGCGGCGUGCCCUCCAGCAGCAGCAGCAGCGGCUACUGGAGCUGGAGCGCCCCCAGCGACCAGUCCAACCCGUCCACGCCAUCGCCGCCGCUCUCGGCUGACAGCUUCAAGCCCUUCCGCAGCCCCGCGCCGCCGCCGCCGGACGACGGCAUCGACGAGGCGGAGGCCGGCAACCUGCUCUUCGAUGAGCCCAUCCCCAGGAAGAGAAAGAACUCCAUGAAGGUGAUGUUCAAAUGCCUGUGGAAGAACUGUGGGAAGGUGCUGAGCACUGCGGCAGGCAUCCAGAAGCACAUCCGGACCAUCCACCUCGGGCGUGUGGGGGACUCUGACUACAGUGAUGGCGAAGAGGACUUCUACUACACCGAGAUCAAGCUCAACACGGACUCCGUGGCAGAUGGACUGAGCAGCCUGGCCCCGGUUUCGCCCUCCCAGUCCCUGGCUUCACCUCCCACUUUCCCCAUCCCAGAGUCAAGCCGAACAGAAACUCCUUGUGCCAAAACAGACACUAAACUGAUGACACCCUUGAGCCGCUCAGCUCCCACCACCCUCUACCUCGUGCACACCGACCACGCUUACCAGGCCACACCCCCAGUGACCAUCCCAGGGUCGGCCAAGUUCACCCCCAACGGCAGCAGCUUCAGCAUUUCUUGGCAGUCUCCACCGGUCACUUUCACAGGCAUUCCAGUGUCGCCAACACAUCCUCAUCCAGCGGGCACAGGAGAGCAGAGACAACACGCCCAUACAGUGCUGUCCUCCCCACCCAGAGGGACAGUCAGCCUAAGGAAGCCCAGGGGGGAGGGCAAGAAGUGCAGGAAGGUGUACGGGAUGGAGAAUCGAGACAUGUGGUGCACUGCCUGCCGCUGGAAAAAGGCCUGCCAGAGGUUCAUCGACUGAGACAGGCUGCCCGGCCCGGCGCCCUGAGCCCCCGCCACCUCGCCUUCCACGGCAAGUGUCGGAGAAAGCUUUUCCCUCAGAACAAAAUGCACUUGGAGCCCACUUCCAGGAAUGUAGAUGGAGUUAGAGCAGAAAGAAAGAAAAAGGGAAAGCAAGCCCGUCGCCCUUGCUGCUCAUAACUGGGAACCCAGGCUGGAGCAGCUCUAACUCUUUGUUCUCCUUCAGAUGCAAAGUCGAUGGUUUUUGCUCUCUGUCUAGGUCUUAAAACUAUGGGCUUCUGAGGGAGGCCUGUUUUGAUAAGCUUUCUGAAUUUUGCCAUUUCCAAGAUUUUUUGACACUAAAGCUACAUGUUGCUCAGUAGCAUUUGUACAAAGAACGGUGGCCACUUUGUGAAUAGUCUUUUCCCUGUUUUCCAUUCCACUUUGGGAGCAGUACACAUCAUGAUGUGUUGCAGGAAGCUGCAGCACUGCGGGUAUCUUUUCUAUGACUUCUUUUUUCAUUUGUUUUUAAGAAUGGCCCCCAAACUGAACCACGGGAAAGCCGUUAGCUUGGAGGGCCCCACAUGCAUAAACUCUAAAAGCAAUUGGCAAUGGAAAUGACCAGCAGGCUUCAGCCCCAAGCAGAGUUCAGGGCAAUCCAGCUGCCGCCGUUGGGAAACAUCUAGAAGAAAUCCUCGGGUGAGAAAGAAGCUCUUCCCCAAGACACAGCACAGCUAAUUCUCUGCCUGCCACAGCUCAGUCGAGAACUGCCCCCCGUGGCCAUCUGGGUAAGCCUCGAUGCUUCUUUCCGUGAUGUGAUAGAAACUGCAGCUCGGAUCUGCUGGUUACUGCUUGCCUCUCAAGAUUGUGGCCGGGUUAUUGGGUCAACGGUACUUCCCUCAAAACUCCACCACAGACUGAUUCCAGGAAAGGUAGAAGACUCCAGACUACCCCAGCAGGUUCGUUUCAGACGAAAGAGCACAGCCAACAUGCCCCCUUCUGGUCAGAAAGUCAAGUUAAGGCCACAAACCUACUUCUAUUCUGAGUGCACUUUUAUAAUGGGUUUUAUGCUUUAGCAUGUCUGGGAGAUGGGUUAAUGAACAAUAUAAACAUUUUAUGGGUAAAUGAGAGGUCCAAGCCUUUAUUUUUCUUAACACAACUUUGGAGCUAUUCAUUUAGAAUUUGCUCUGAAGGAAACACACAGAACACCAAAAGAAAAUGCUUGGUAUAGGAAUCUGUCUGUUUGGUAGGGCCAGGCUUGCACUGGGCUCUGUUCAUGGGGCUUUCUAAAACCUGUCUGUUGUGUUUGCUUGCUUGUUGGUUGAUUGGUUUGGGAGACAGGCUGAGUUGUCACGCCCUGCAAUUAAGUGCAUUCUCUGUCUACCCUACUCCAGAAUGCCCUGCUAAAGAGUUCUUUCUCCUCUACCUAUGCAAAGAAGUAAGAGCACCUUAUAGGAGGCACUGUGUAGGGGCGGGAGACGAAGGGCCAGCCACAGGCACGUUUAAUUGCACAGAGGAAAGUUUAAUAUAUGUCUAGAGAUUGUAUAUUUGCUUUUUUUUAAAGAGUAGCAAGAAGUCAUCAAGAAAUGAUGGAUAUCAUUUUAGAUAUAUAUAUAAGCAAAGGAAGUAUGAGGAACUUUGACGACACAACAGCCACAAUCUGUGCACUCAUAUAUUUUGACAACUUUAUUAUUAAACUCUCAUGACUUUUUAAAAUUAUUCCUUGGAAGAGAUCCUGGUUCUUUCCUUCAUUUAUUUAUGGGGAAAAAAAAAAACAAAAAACACUUAUUUCAAGAGAAAAGAAAAAGAUCUAAUUUCUCACCAAGACUAGCCAGAGCACCAGCUACUCAAGGCCAGCUAGGAAAGAGUAUUUUUUUAAAUGCAGAAAUGUUUUGCUUCCUGCUUCCUGUACCCCAGCAUGUCCUUUCUGCUCCUCGUGUCCUGCCACUGCACUUGCAGCCCUGCUGCUCUGGUGAUACCCUGGUCUGGUCCAGGAGGCCCUGGGCCAUCAGCAAAUCGCUCAGUGGCCAGGGAGGCCAGGACUGUUCAAGCAAUCAAACAAGCUCGCUGUGUACUUAAGUGACCACAGUGGAGCCAUCUUGGACCAGAUGUUAUUCUCUUCAGCAGAGCACCCUGACCUUUGACCCUUGGAUGAAGUCACCAAUUUAAAAAAAAAAAAAAAAAGAUUCAAGUGAUGCAGGAAUGAAUCCAUCCCCCUUCCCAGAACUUUGCCAUGGAGCAGUCCUGGAGCAAGGCCCUGGGGCUCCAACCCCCAAAGACACCGUCCGUGAGCUUGGGCCUUGCUCGGCCAAGCUCAGUCCAUCCCUGGCUUUAGCCAGUGCACAGGUGUAGGCGAAACCAUAGAGCCGAAUACAACAUCCUGGAAUUUCUUUUCCAUUCUAAAGCCUUCUGCACACAAGCUUCUGUAUCUGCCACCCGAGUCGGGGUCCUUUCUGCUCCGUGUCCUUUCUUCUCUGGCUUCCAGGGGUGACAGACCCUCAAUACCUUCCUGGACACACAGACACCUGUCCCUGUCUUGGGAGAGCACCAAGCUACCCCUGGCUGAUCUUGAAGAAAGCCACCCAGAAAGCAAUGAAUUGCAGUACACAGCCACUGAUUGUAAAAUUUGAAAUUUUUUAAGUAGAGUCGUUUUGUUAUAUUUUGGAACUAAAUGAAGUGCCAAGUUAAGCCAGACUUGGAUUUUGUGCCGUCCCUUGGAGCCAAGUUCUUUCUGUCUUCAUUUGGCAGAGAGGAGGGGCAGGGGCAGGGGGCGCUGCAGGAGGAGUCCCACAGUACACUGGCUGCUGAAGUGGCACCCCAUGGGUCUGUGCAACAGGAGAGGGAGACCAUGCUAUCAGGGCCCCGAGCAGUUCCAAAUAAGUCACCUUGUGGGCUUCUGAUGAUGUACCCCAACAGAUUGUCACUUCUCUCCGAAGACGGUGCUUCAAAGUGACCGACAGGGCAUCUCCAGUGAGCUGCAAAGCAAAGAGUGUAUGGCAGGUGGUUUUGAGCUGCAGUCCUUCCCCAAGGACACGUGCCCAGUUUGUAGGAAGUGGUGUGAUAGUGUGGAGAAGACACUUGGAUAGCAAAUGGGUGAGGAAGGCGAUGCCAGAAGCCUGCAUAUCUAGCCGCUGCUCCUCCUCUGGGUAUCCGUCAGCCAGUGCCUGUCCCCAGACACCUCCCAGGGAGCAGCCAGGCUCUCUCCCGCUGCACUGCCCGCAGCUGCCCUUGGGGAAGCAGCUCGGGCCAAGGGGUGGGGCUGCCAUGCACACCUCCAGCAGGCAGGACUUCUCUCCCUCCCUUCCUGGAAGGUCCCCUUCCUUGAUUGGCCAAAGCCAGAGUCAGGAAGAGAGUGGUGAGUUUCUGAGAGGGCGAAUGCACGCACGGCUGAGAAGUGCCUGUCGGCAGCUCCGCACACCAUCAAGAUGUCUGCACACUCCUCAUCACCUUGCAGAGGCAAGUGGUCGAUCAAGCCUGGCACCUGUGACGAUUGCUGGGCUUUCCAAAGAGAUAGUCAUGUGAUUUCUGGAAGGGACAUGUCCCCCCCGUUACAUGUCGGGAGCGCCCGAGCUGCAGCCUGCUGUGUCUGCGGUCACACUAUGCCCCACUUCUGCGAGCCGCCCCGGGGUUCGGAGUCAGCUGGCACUGCAGGCAUUCGUCAGACUCCAUGGGAGAACGACAGCGCAGCGUGCGGAGAAGACGUGGCAAGAGUUGUACACAGAGGCGAGAACACUUGGAGAAUAGUAGCAAAAUACUGUAAAUACUUUUCAUUUCCUCAGGGAAAAAAAAAUAUGUGAAAAUCUGGAGAAUCCUAAGACGAGGAAGAAUUUUACUCAUUCGAAAGUCUUGUGUAUCAGAGCGGUGUUUUUCAGAUGCACACGGGAUCACUGCAAGAGAGAUUGGCAGGAGCAGGGCAAUACUGCCUUAUACAAGGCAUGGGGUGCCCUGCGGUGCAGAGCUGCCCGAAGCUGACCUGCAGGCGCAGUGCCUGCUGGGUACUCAUGGACCCAGGGAUGGCUUUUUGCUGAAUGUAAUUGUGAUCUGAAGCCUUGCCCUUCAUUGCCACGACCACCUGGUUGGGAGACUUCGUUAGCUCUAAGGAGGCUUCUGUGGGUGACAGAAAGCUAGCAAAGAGGUGUGUUUUGCUUUAUUGGCAUGUUGAGGAGCAAACUUCCAUAGACCUUUUUUGGACAAGGUGCUGCUUUUUCUCACAAUCCUGUACACUUUCCAUCAACCGCAUCAGCUCUAGCACUGACCUGCGUGAACCAGGGAAAACAUUUUGCAUACAAAUGAGUGGAAACAUAGCAGGAUUCAUGAAUAUGAAUGAGCCUGUAGAUCUUUUGGAGAAAGUGCUGGGCACGCGGGUCAACUAGAAAUUCCAUCUCUCAAGAAAGUGACCCUACCAGUGGCACACAGACUCUGCUUGCUCUUCCUCCCUGGGGGGAGCCCUCCAUAGGGGAAUUCUUUCAUUGUGUCUCUUUGCAUUGUAAUUAGCCAAACCUGAAGUCAGUAGAUGAAAUGAGAUUAGCACUUUUUGGUACCGAGUGUAUCACUGAGUAAUGCACACCAGUAGAGAAAAAAAGUAUGAAAUGUAUUUAAGACCAACUGGUUUGCUUAUUAUGACUGGCUUUGAAAAAGCCCACGUCUAAUGCUACAUAUGCUUUAAAAGGUGUAUCCCUCAUAGUACCAGGAAUCAAAACGGAAAUUUUUACUUCUGGUCCUGUUUUGUAAAUAGAACCUGUUUUUUGAAGACAAUCUCAUGUUUUAUAACUUUUGUUGUGGGGCUGAGAAUCACAGUAGUAAAGUGUAGUGGCAAAAUAUCAUCUUAAAUCCAAUAAUAAUUAUAGCUUAAUUUUCCAAAUACCGUAAGAGAUGGACUGCUAAGGCUUCUGCAGUUCCAAGGAGGAUGCCACUUUUAUAAUAAGCAUUGGGACUCAACUUCUCACGUUAAGAGAACUGGAAAUAUUUUACAAGAUGCAGUGUUUUGUAAUCACAAAGAACAUGAACAUUUUGUGGGAAAUGACUUUGGUUUUAUACAUUGUAGCUUAUUUUUUAAAAUACAGUAUUUUACCAGGCAGGCAGUGUUAGUAUUUCAAGCAUUCCUGCUCACCAAACAAAGGGCUAUGCCUCUUCUAAGCCAGUGUUUUGAUGUCUAUCUUCCAGUUAACCCUUUGCUGCAAGGGCAGAAAUGCAGAUCAGAUGGAAUGGUUAGUACAAGAGAAUCUACACCUUUUAGCAUUACCAGUGUGUGUUUUUAAGGCAUUAUGGGAAAAAAGACACUUCAAAAAUCAUCCCAUGUAUUUUAAAACUGUAAAAUGUUAGCAGUGUGCUUUAGGCCAUGAGAGAGAUAUUCUUAUAAAUUCUUUAGUGUAAAAUGUUGAAUUUUGUCCCAAAGAUAUGUUUACCACUCGACCUGUCAACCACACACCCGCAUUUAACUACAAGUGUAUCAUUUGGUGGAAAUUUCUAGAGUCAUGGUAUAUAGGUCCAGAGAUAAAAUUUUUAGGUGAUCAGUGGUGUUUCAGAUAAUAUUGUCCUCAGCACACGCUCAGUGGCUUUGAUCUCCUUGUCAGAACAAUUGCUUGAUUUUUCACUGUGAGGGACUCACAGGCACACAAGGGUUGUGAUCAAAAAGGGACCGUGUUCCCCUGAUUCAGAAAUAAGGAGGGGAGCCGAGGAGAGUUUAUUGACUGCACAAAUAAACCCAAGUCUUGCCAAAACCAUUUCAUAAUGCUGUACAAGUUUUUCAAGCCCACUCAUUGUUGAAACAAGAAAGCAUCUUUUCUAAGAUGUGAGUAAUCCAAAAACUAGCCUAAUGAGCCAAGUUUGCAGAUAACAUCAAAAGAAAAGCUGAAAUGGUUGUAGCUGCAUUGCACAACUCCCAUGAGGCGGUCAGAAGGCUAUGCAGACCUUGGUUGCAAAUAGGCUGAGAAUCUGCACACAAGAGAACUAGAAACGUAUGGUGUUGAGGAAAACCAUGCGUAGCCUUGACUCCCAGUGUGUGAGGUGAGGCCACCUGAAACCUCUAGCCCCUUGGCUUGGAACAUCUCCAUUGUUAGCAUUCGAGUCCCCAACAAGUGCCAAUUGCUGUAUGGUUUUGAACCAAAUGAGUCCCAUUUGAUCUUUAAAUAGAAGCUUCUUGCUGCUGUAUAGCAGAGGUUGCCAAUUUAGAUGUCUCAGAAGAGCCGGGCAAGUUCUGUCCAUGAUGGACAGACAAAAGUGUGACAGCAGAGAAAUGGGGAGACCAUGAGCCAGAGAGCACACACCUCCUCUGAACGGGGACCACUCAGUCCUAGACGAUCAGAACUGCAUAGAAAUCGGGCCCUGGGCUGCCACAUCUUCUGACUUGGAAAUACAUGACCUACGUGUUAAAUGUGGACAACUAGCUCGGAUUCUUGGCCCACGCCGUGCAGACCAAAGAGAAGCUGCCUGUGGGUAGAUGCGGCCCUUGGCAACCCAUUUUCAGCUGCUGGGGGAAGUAGAUCUCACAUGCUAUGCCAUCAGGCCAAGUUUCUCCAACAGCCCCACAGACACACAUAUUGGCACCUUCUGGGCAUAUCCCCCCAGGGACAUUCUCAUGGAAGAACUUGAAUAUAGAAAUUGAUACUAUAGAAAUUGAUACACUAGUCUUGCCUCUGAUCAGAUAUUCCAAGUUGUUCACCAGCUGUAGUGAGAGCUGCCUCCUGCUGGCAUGCCCAGGCCAGGCCUCAAAGCAUUGACUAACUGUAAUCCUAAUUUUCUUACUGUUUUCAUUACCGUGACCACUGUGAUGAGGGGCUGGCAAAGAGCAGCCUUGUGCCUUCAGCAAAGGCGAGCAGGAGCCCCUGAAGUUUUUAAGAUAGCACACGUCGCCUCCUUGUGCCAAAGUCCUCUGCCAGCCUCUUCACACCCCUGCCCUCUCCCCCUGCCUCAUGAGACUUCAUUCCAGUGUAGAAUCACCGUUGUCCUUGCCUCAGAACUGGUAGGUACUUAAGUAUGUGUCCACUGAGUUCAAAAGCAUUUUCCAAAACCUUAGUUAGUAUCUUUGACUAAGGUCCAAAACAAAAUGGGAAUAAACGUGUUGUAGAAAAUACUAGAAGGGCUUCCAUCAUUUGGAUGGACUGUUAUUUUAAACUGUAUCUUGCAUUGGAGUCCUGAUGGAGUCCAGAUCAUCAAUAACCCUUUCAUGUAUAUAACGAAGUAUUUCUCUUUCAGAUUCAUCAUUUCAGCUGAUCUUCAUAAGAACCUAGUAUAGAAUAGGAACGUUGAAGGUCGCCAUCACCCACGUGCAAGGCCAACCCAGAGCAGUCUUGAACAUUUGAGUCAGCUUCAUUAUGCAAGCAGGGAGGAAGGCUGGCCCAGACCUUGGUCAUCCAGAACCACUCUCCCCUGAGAAGAGAGAGCCAGGGCCCCACCAUGGUCUCCACCAGCCCUUUCAGAGCAGGCCUCUCAGCACAGGGGUACGGAGACCACUCAUCUGAUCAUUCCUGUUCAGGUGGCAACUUCCUCAUGCCCAAAUGUGUUGUUCUCACACCUUUAGUCCCUAGAUUCCAGGCAGCUAAGUAAUGACUAAAUUGUUAGUUUAGUCUCUAAUACUGUGUUCUGAGUAAAAGUUCUGGCUCCUUGAGAAAAUUUAUUUUGUUGCUAGCAUUCAACAUUUGCUAUAUAAAUUUAACUUGAUGCCAGAAAAUAGAAGACCAGCUCAGAUUUGUAAUUUGUAAUGAUCAAUAAGUACUGUAAUCGCAAUGUUGGGAACAUCUGGUAAUCUGGCUUAGUCACGUUGAAAGGUGAAUGCCAGUUAGGCAGUGUUACUAUACAUGAGAUUUCUUGCAUCGUGAAUGAUGAAAAGGCGUGGCAAGGCCCUUCCCCUUCUCCCAUGAGUUGGCCAGGUUGAAUGUCUUCAGUUUAGGGAAAAGCCACUCAUGGGGAAUUUAGUGAUGGAGCUAGACUCAGCCUCAAAAGAAGUACUUGGGCCUCUCAGCGCCUUCAUUAAUAGACUUUGUGAUGAAUGAUGUCUUCAUUGUGUUUCUAAAGAAAUCCAGUGCUGGAGGAGGAAUUGGCCUAUUUUGCAGUGAUUAGAGCCAGCACCCAUACAGGGACAGGACUUGAACAAUCCAAGCCUUAGGGAGCAAAAGGAGAGCCAUGGUUCCCAAAGCAUGUGGCUAUAGAUUUGAAAGGUGGAAAUUCUAGUCCUUGGUUUUCAAAAAUGCCUUUUGUGUUGGGCACCGUCCACAUGAUGAUUAACUACCAGCUUCCAAAGAGAAGAGCCCCUUUAUUUCUAUUAUAAAAAUGCAGAGAAUUGCUUAUUUUUGAAGAUUUUUUUUUAUUUAUUUGAAAAGCAUAGUUAGAAAGAGAGAGAAAGGACUUCCAUCCACAGGUUCACUCCCCCAAAGGGCCACGAUGGUCAGGGCUGGCCAGGCCAAAGCCAGGAGCCUGGUGCUCCAUCUGGGUCUCCCAUUGGCAUGGCACGGCCCCAAGCACUUGGGCCAUCUUCUGCAUUCACAGGCUCAUUAGCAGGGCACUGGAUGGGAAACAGCAGGAUAUGUACCAGUGCACUAACAUAGGAUCAGCUUAACCCUCUGCACCACAACACCAGCCCAAGGAUCACAUCUGAAAUCUACUUAGCUAUUCUAUUUUCUUUCUUGGGCCAAAUCUCUCAAUUUUUAAUUCAAAAGAUUAGAGUAAAAAGCCUUAACUUAAAAAAAGCAGAAGAGCAAUCAUUAAAGGAGACUCUUCCUUUAAAAGAGGCACUCAUCUACUUAUUCCGACUUCCCUCGACGUCCCUGACUAGAGGGAAAACAACCUUUGAGAACAGCAGUCCCUAUGCUGCGUAUUCGUCCUGCUUUCCCCCAUGGCGGCAGCCACCUCCGAAUUUGCAAGUGACCUGCUUUCUCUCCCUGCUCUGCCCUCACCUCCCCAUGCAGGAGGCCAGGCUGUUUUAGGCUUGGUUUUACUUCCGUGCUGCUGAUUUCUCUAAAAUUAAGGUCCCAGGGAUAAAUCUUCCUGUAACUGUACUUUAGAGCUCAUUCAGGGCGGCCACCACCUUCCUCCAGGGGGUGGAGGUGUGGGGAGCAGGAGGGACUUUCCUGUCUGUGGCAGCAGGGUUAUAGGUGAUCCCGAGGUGAACGGCUCAGCGUCCAACCUGUGUGUUACAAGAGAUGUGUUCAGCCACCCUGAUAAAGAGUGGCCAGGCAGACACCUCAUCCUUUCCCCUGACUCAAAGCUCCUGCACCUGUCACCUACCCCACCAGACCCUGUGACCUGCAAGGCAGAUAGAGCCGUCAGAACCACCAACCACGCCAACCGACUUGCGAGGGCAGAGGGCGAGAGCGUCACGUUCCAUCACACCAGGCUCUGACCUUGCAAUUACAGAGCAAACAGAACUGCCUGUGUUGUGUCAAAAGAAAAUGCUUCUGCAAGGUAUAAUUGUUUUGAUUUUAUUUGAGGAAAGAGAAAACGACUGCAAACUGCUCACAUGUUUGCUGCUUGUCCCUCACCACCUCCUGAAGCCCCCUUCCCAUUUGAGGACACAGAUGGCCAAGACAGAGAGGGAAGAGGACCUCUUGGGGCCGGCAGCUGACAAGAGUUUGAACCCCUCAGGGAUCUACAGUGGCACUUAACUGAUAACAACGGCCCCAACCCCACCCCCCAAAAAUUGAGCCAGUGCUGUGUUAUUUCGCAGGUGACCCACCCAUGUUAGGCUUCCUGCACUCUGCUUUUUGGAAAUCAAUGGCUGUGACCUGACCAAGCCCUGUGAUGACAGCAAAGCCCCCCUGCCCAGCAUCCUAACUAUUCGGGAACCUCCUUUAGAAUAGACUUAGAGUUUUAGAGAAGGACUUAACACCCCCAAAAUAUACUAAUUUCAUGACUUCAAGAAAUGAAAAUGCUCUGGGUGUAAAAUGCCAUUAAUCAAUAUUUUCCUAAAGUACACCCUAAAAUUCCUAUUUUUGUAAUUAAUGGUUGCACAAUAGUCAGCCACUUCAACAUACGCUCUCUGGAAUAACCAGAUACUCGUAUAGUUUCCAAAGUGUUUCAUGUAUCAAAACCCUAUAUUCUCACAGGAAGAACUCAGGAUAAGAAACAAUUGCUAGGUCCCAAAGGGUUCAUGACUAUCAUCAAAUAUGACUGCCCAGUGGCCUACAGUCAUUUUGUUCAAAUGAGGGAGCUGGGGAGAGAGAACAGUAAUCAUAAAACCUCUGUUGCCCUUGGACUGUGAUAAGGUUUAGCAAAACUGCUUUUAAAAAUUAAGCCAUCUUUUGAACUGUUUUCUACACCAAAUCUGAACUAUUUAAUAUUUAGAAUGAGGUAUUUGGUGGAAAUGCUACUCGCAGAAAGCAUUGCUUUGUAUUGCCCACUAAACAAGUAUAAUAAGACAAAGACCGGAGGGAGAGGCCAGCAUUCAAAUGAUAGGCAUUCGCAGAAAAGUGGGCGCUCCUCCAAAACCUAUGUGGCAAUGCUAUCCAAUGUUUAGAGAGCUUUUGAAAUACAAUCCUACCACCAUUAGGGGGUGAGCAGUUGCUUGCAAAAGUCUUUAAUAUUAGUGAAUGAAUGUAUAAAAGUGUGAACUAUGCAUUUUCAAAGAAUAAAGUGUACUUUGUAAUGAAUCCCAGUAAAUUUUUUUCAUAGAGACUUAUCACAACUGCAGACUACUCAAAAUAAACUUGAAUCAUAUCCUUGUGAGGUAUGGCUCUCCCAGUUAUAUUCUCUGGCUGAUAGUGUUAAAGACAGUGCAUUGAAACUUUCCUCUGAAACUUCAGGCUCUGAAAACUCCAGCCAUUAAGGUGAAUCAGUGGGAAAUGGUUUAUAUUUUAGUCCCUCAGCGUGAAUGGGAAAUGCUGUUAUGAAACGUACCCAGUUCUUUCAAGGUGGAUGUUCUAGGAACACUGGAUUAACAAGCAAACAAAACUGCAUAAAGUUAAUGAACAUCAUGUUGGAUAAAACAGCACAGGUUUUGUCUACUGCAUUUUCAUUCUCAGUCCAAGAGGGUUUUGGUUAUAUAACAUUAAAGAACAAAAUACAAAAAUAUUUUCCAGCAAGGCAAAUCAUUACUCUUCUCAAAAGUACAUGGAGAUUGUAACGUAUUUGAAAAGCAAAAUGCCCCGUAUCGCAGAUCUCUUCAGCCCUCUUGUUGAUUUUCAUGAGACCUUUCUCCGUGAUAAUUUGUCUUUGCUCAUUAAUCAUUGCUUCACUGUGUUGCUCAGCACGGGAAAAUAGUCUUUCCUUCAUUUGACAAUGUAAAAAUAAUCCAUGUUUCUGUCAUUCUGGUUCUCUUCUAUGUCUGUUGAGCGUUCCCCAAUUGUCUGUCUGUAAAAUACAGGAAAACACACUUGUAAGCCUGGUACUUAAGGUUAUACUGGAUAUGUUUGCUACCUGAUUAGAAGUUAGUGGGGGAGGGGCGGUGUGUCUUUUUAUAUGAUUUUUAGCCAAAUCCAGAUGUUCUGACACUGAGUUUCUGAAUCCUUAUCCGACUGUACAUAUAGCCUGUGGAGGUUCAGGUUAAUACACCUUUUCCCUGACUGUUCUCAGCCAUGCUCCUUGCCAGCUUUGGCACAUUGUAUAUAGAUUUGUUGAAUGUUUAAAUGAUGUCGUUUUUCUAAAUGCUGUUCUCUAAAACAACUUUUUGAAUGUUUUUUUGCUUUCCAUUGUUUUGGACUUUGUGUGUUAGUUUAAAAAAAAAAAAAACUUUCCUACAUCUUUAACACCAGGAAAAAUAUUUUAAAAUAAACUGGUGCUAAUUGGAACAGAAGAAAAAUUUCAGCGUGAAGAUUUAUAAUAGAAAAUGUUCACACUAGUUAAACUGCACUUUUCCGAGGGGACAGCUGACAUCUCACUGAAAUGGGCAUCGGGAGGACCACCGGCUGUGUACAGUUUCUCUGGCCCAUUUAAGUGUAAAAUACAGAAGUGGCUCUGUCUCCCCAGAGCUGAGGAUUCGCUGCAUCGGUGCUCUGGCAGGAGUUAGGUAGAAGGAAAGGCUUAGAGUUAAGGAUCACUUUAGUACUAGUCUUCUGGUCUUUGGACUUUCAUGUUUUGUAAUGCUUAGCUGUAACAAUGAGUAUGGUGUUGCCAAUCUCGUCUGACGUCAUCGUUGACCUGUACUUAACUUUGUGUAUGGUUCUACCUUGGGUUGCACUGGCACAAAUCAAGCCAGAACACUGGACUUUCAAUCAGACCAUUCUGACUUCUACAGUGUCCACACACAUGAAUUUAAAUGCACUUGUAACUGGUGGAUUACCAUGAAAUAAGUCUAA